UUUCACUGCGCAUGUGUAAAGGGUAUAUAAGAUCAUGCUCCUUGCUAUCGGCGGUAUUGCUGUUCUCAAGUUUCUAGAUGUGUACGGAAAUAGUGCGAGAGAUUAAACAUCCACAAUGGGAGUUGAUAAUAUCAAGAGAAAUAAGUCGUCAGAAAUGUUUGCCUCGCAUUUUUUAAACGAAGCUGCAAAGUCAGGCAAGUAUGCCAGCGUGAUCGAGCCUCAGAAAAGCUAUACCGUACUCUAUGGGAACCUGAACAAGCUUCCUCCCCGUGUCCGGUACUUUGUCGAGGAGAAUGCUAAAGUUUGUCAGCCGGACUCAAUCCAUAUCUGUGACGGUACGGAAAAGGAGAAAGAUCUGCUUUAUUAUAUGUUACAGAGGGACGGGACCAUAAAACCAUUGGGAAAAUACGAAAACUGUUGGCUGACCAGAACCGAUCCAGCAGAUGUGGCUCGGGUUGAGAGUCGAACAUUUAUAUCUACUGAAGAGAAACAUGACACCGUGCCAAGAACUAAACCUGGGGUCAAAGGUACACUUGGAAACUGGAUGUCACCCAAAGAUAUGGAAGCCACGCUUGAUUCGCGAUUCCCGGGCUGUAUGAGAGGCCGCACAAUGUAUGUUAUACCGUUCAGCAUGGGCCCAGUUGGUUCCCCGCUGUCCAAGAUUGGUAUCGAGCUCACAGAUUCAGCAUAUGUUGUUGCCAGUAUGCGUGUGAUGACACGGAUUGGUUCCCGCGUCCUGGACGCUUUGAAGGAUGGAGACUUCAUAAAGUGUCUUCACUCCGUCGGAAAACCGAUCACGCCUGGGCUCAGUGCCGGAAGUGCUAUGUCAUCUUGGCCGUGUAAUCCAAGGGACACAAUCGUAGCACAUCUUCCGGAAAGGAACGAGAUUUGCUCAUACGGAAGUGGUUAUGGCGGAAAUUCGUUGCUAGGCAAGAAAUGCUUCGCCCUGAGACUAGGUUCUAAUCUAGCAAGACGGGAAGGCUGGUUUGCUGAACAUAUGUUGAUAAUGGGCGUUGAAAAUCCAAAAGGCGAGAAGAAAUAUUUUGCCGCUGCAUUCCCGAGUGCCUGUGGUAAAACCAACCUCGCAAUGAUGGAACCAACGUUGCCUGGAUACAAGAUCACGUGUGUUGGAGAUGAUAUCGCUUGGAUGAGAUUUGAUAAAAAUGGUCAGCUACGUGCCAUAAAUCCGGAAGCUGGGUUCUUCGGUGUCGCUCCAGGCACGUCUAUGAAGACCAAUCCGAAUGCAAUGAGAACUGUGCUGAAAAACACGAUAUUUACGAAUGUAGCGUCCACAAAUGAUGGUGGUGUAUUCUGGGAAGGGAUGGAAGGAGAAGUCACGGAUAAUGCCUCGAUCACGUCAUGGACUGGUACGGAAAACUGGUCCAAAGAUACCGGGAAAACAGCAGCACACCCGAACUCUAGAUUCUGUACCCCGGCUGGCCAAUGCCCAAUCAUUGAUGAGAACUGGGAGAACCCAGAAGGUGUACCAAUAGAGGGUAUAAUAUUUGGAGGAAGGCGUCCGGAGGGAGUCCCCUUGGUGUAUGAGGCAUUUGAUUGGCAGCAUGGUGUGUUUAUAGGUGCAUCUUUGAAAUCCGAGGCUACCGCCGCCGCAGAACAUAAAGGUAAAGUCAUUAUGCAUGACCCAUUUGCAAUGCGGCCAUUUUUCGGAUACAAUUUUGGCCACUACCUAGACCACUGGCUCAGCUUCCAGGACAAGCCAAAAGUUCAUUUACCGAAGAUCUUUCACGUAAACUGGUUCAGAAAAGGUCCCGACGGAUUUCUAUGGCCAGGAUUUGGCGACAAUUCUCGUGUGUUAGACUGGAUGUUCCGUCGAAUCGACGGAGAAGACUGUGCUGUAAAAUCAGCCGUUGGUUUGAUUCCAAAGCCGGGCACCAUCGAUAUGUCCGGGCUGGAACAGGAAGUGGAUAUGGACGCUUUGUUUCAGCUUCCCAAAGAAUUCUGGGAAGCGGAAGUGAAAGAGCUUAGAAAAUAUUUCGAGGAGCAAGUUGGUGAAGAUUUGCCGGCAAAUAUACAGCAAGAACUAACAAAACUAGAAAAGCGAGUGAACAGUGAAUUAUAAUGUACAUGUAUAUAUAGUAAAGUAGGUGUGACAAUGUAACACGUAGAACAGCAGCGGUUCCAGGUUCUGACAUACUUCUGGUGUCAUUGGCCAUAUAUACUAAUAUAAUAUUAUUGUGUACCCACACUGUACAAAUAAGUUGGCCGAAGUAGGCACAUCCUUCACCUUGAUAAACAUAUAGGGCUAUUUAUCGUGGCAAAUAUUGCUUAUAUACAGAUAUUCGGACAAAGCAAAUUCGGAUGUCGUGAUGUCUAAAUUGUUUUAUCUUAUACAUACGAGGAAAGAAUCUCGACUUCUUGAAAGUCAACCUGCGUUCGAUUUAUGCGAGUUUUCUUCUGAAAUGUCAGCAUUUUACGACAAUAAAACACUUAUUUUCG